AUGCAUUUUUCUAUAAUCUUCCUGUCCUUGAUAUCCUUGGCCGUGGCUUCAACCCCUGUCCGCCACGUAACCGAUGCAGCAAGAAUUCCAGAUCGAUACAUCAUUCGGGCAUCAGAGAACACAAAUCUGGAUGCCCUAGAAUCGGAAAUCCUCUCACGGCCGGGGGCUACUAUCUUUAAACGCUUCGAGCACAGGUUCUUUAGGGGGUUGAGUGUUGUGUCGAGGUCUGAGAGCAUAUCAUCCCUCUCAGAAAUCGACGGCGUGGACAAGGCGUGGCAAGCGGGGAGAGUUAUCCUUGACGUUCCCGAAAUAAGCUCAACAUCGAGGACCACGGAGGAUCAACCUGAUGUGGAUGAAGUACCUCCUGCAUCGAGUUACAGUAUCCACAGCUUUACUGGUGUCGAUAAAAUUCACGCAGGAGGAAACUUCGGUCAAGGAGCCAAGGUUGCUGUCAUUGACACUGGAAUCUAUUACAAGCAUCCGGCUCUUGGAGGUGGCUACGGUCCCGGGUUUAAGGUUGCCGGGGGUUACGAUCUUGUUGGCGGAGGAUAUCCUACGGCUCCUAUUAAUCCAGAUAACGAUCCUUAUCCCGAGACAAGAGAUCCCCAGCUAUAUCAGAAUGACCAUGGAACACAUGUCGCUGGGAUCAUUGCCGGAAAAUCGGAAUGGUUCACUGGUGUGGCUCCCGAAGCGACACUCCUUGCAUAUAAAGUGUUCGGUCAUACAAAUGCCGGAGAUGAAGAGGUCUUUAUUGACGCCUUCCUCAAGGCUUAUGACGACGGUGCCGACAUCAUCUCUGCCAGCAUUGGUUCACCGGGCGGUUUCAGUGACAACGCCUGGGCGACGGUAGCAUCCUCCCUCGUGGACCAAGGAAUAGUUGUCAUCGUAGCGGCAGGGAAUAAUGGCCGUAGUGGACCAUUUUUCACCGAUACGGGGGCCUCGGGCAAGAACGUUGUGGCGGUCGGAGCUAUCGAAGCUCCCCACAAGCCGGGCGACUUCCAUGUUACCGCCAAGUUCCGGAAGGAUUCCGGUGUGAUGAAGGAAGUUAUCAUGCCAAUGAUGACCAACUCCAACCCUGCACUCUUCUCACAAGCAAACGGUUUCCCUAUUUGGUCUCUCGCACGAGGCUUCACGGCCUGCCACGAGCUUCCUUCAGAUCUUCCGAACCUUGAAGAAGUUGUCGUCCUCGUAUCGCAAGCAGACUGCCCUUAUAGUACCAAGGUCCGAAAUCUUUCUGAAAGGAAUGCUCGCUAUGUCUUAUUCUAUAAUGACAAGAAAGUGCUCCACCCUCCCGAUGAGUUCUAUCCUGGCAUCGAGCAGCCCUUCUAUUCAGGUAUCAUUGAGCAAAGUGCCAGCGACGCCAUCUUCCGCGCCCUGGAAAAUGACCAUACGGUAACCGUGAAAAUGUCCCGACGCCAUGCCGAACACCCCUUGAAUCUCGUCGAUCCUUAUGGUGGGAAACCGACCUACUUUACCAAUUGGGGAUCGCUGUACGACCUCGACGUCAAGCCCUCUGUUGCCGGUUACGGCGGCCAUAUCUGGAGCACUGCAUUUGAUUGGCCUGGUCAAGGUGAUUUCGUCCCCAACUGGAAAUGCUUCGGGGGUACUUCGUUUGCCACUCCCUAUGUUGCUGGUGUGGCUGCUCUUUGGAUUAGUCGCUAUGGCGGUCGUGAUAAGCAUGGUCCCGGAUUUGCCAAGGAGCUUGCUAACCGUAUCAUUUCGAGCGGUCGGACGGUCACCUGGGGUCUUCCAGUCCAGGAUGAUGACGUGGAAAAUCUAUAUGUCCCUCCUACAGAUGCCCUUGCUCCUGUCACGCAAAUCGGUUCUGGUCUCAUUGAUGCUUGGAAAGUUCUUACAUACACUACAUCUCUCAACUUUGAGACGUUUGCCCUCAAUGAUACGGCCCACUUUAAGCCAACCCACUCACUUCAGAUUAAGAAUGGUGGAAAGGAAGCUGUCACUUAUUCUUUUGGUCACCAGCCUUUGACAGCCUACGAGGCAAGGGGGCCUGAGGGGCUCUUUAUUGCAGGAUACAAUCAACUGAAGACGAUUGACCUCGAGGUGGGUGUUCAGCUGCCUGCGAAUAUUACGAUUGAGCCGGGAGAGAUGGCCACUGUCAACUUCACAUUUACCCGCCCUGUGUAUGAAGAUGAGUUUCGGAUGCCUUGCUACAGUGGCAAGAUUCUCGUGAGAAGUUCCAUAGACGAGGAACUCUCAGUACCAUAUUUUGGGGUCGCAUUCGAUCUCAAAGAGCAAUUCCCUCUGAUGUUUGUUCCUGGUACCCCAGUUGUCGAGUCUCUGGGUGCCAUUUCCAACUACACGUUUGAGUGGUUCGACCAGAACUACACCACCCCACAACUCGCUGUCGAGAUGCUCUACGGAACUCGAGAAUUCCGGUUCGAUUUCUUCGAAUCUGGAUGGGCAGAAAAUUCUUGGGUCUAUCCACCCGUAGUCGGUAAAGCUGGAUUCAUCGGCUCUGCUGUAGAUAUCUGGGAGGUCCUCACCCGACAGAGUCCUAGCCAUCGUUUCAAAUUCCCUCUGACCUAUUAUGCACGCUCGCCUACCCGUGCGGUGGAGGACUUCACUUCGCGAUUUUUUGCGUGGCAAGGCGAGCUCUCAGACGGAUCCUGGAUCCAGCCGAGGACUUACGUCGUGAGAUUGGCGGCGUUGAAGCCGUUUGGAAACCCAGCAAAGGGCGAAGAUUGGGAUGUGUGGAAUGCGCCUGAGAUUACAGUUAAGUAUGCCGAGAGUGCUGAGUAG